GAAUCUACGCGAUCACCCGGAGUGCACGAGUUUCUCUCACCAUACCUUGAGUUGUUUUACGCAUGCAGUAGGAGUGUUUUUGUGGCAUUCAAACUCCUCAUUCUUGUGCCAGCCUGCAAGUACUCUUCAACUUAUACAGUAGAUACCCUUCACACGAUUGAUGGCAUCCACAACGGAAGAGGUCACUUACGAGACGAUGUUUUGUCCGCGGCGUACUCCUGACGACGUGCCCGACGGGAUCAAGGAGCGUGCUAAAUUAAUCUUACCUCCCGGGAAAGAGGUCCCUGCGAAGUAUCGACUCGACCGUGUCCGUUUGAGACGAGAUCCUGACUACGUCAAGCCCGAAAAACUUUACUGGGCCUUUGGUAUAAACAUUCAAGACUGCGUCGAAUAUCACCGAAAACAUAAUCUUCCUCGACCACCUCCGGGUUUCGAAAAAGGACGUUUCAUAUGGUCAAUGAUCACGCAUGAUGUUGAGCAAGAUCUGCGUAAACAUUGCAACUACGGGUUGAGAUUCUUGUCACCAGUUUCCGUGGAAUACGCCUUGAUGAUAAUCAUAUACGACAGCCACUCGAUUGCUUACAGUAAAUUGAUAGCGCAUGAAGAGGAUGAAGUCGUCCAGAUUAUGAAGGAGAGGAUGGAUGUUUGCAAGAAUCAAGAACCGCGAUGGUUUUUUUGCCCGGUUAAUUUUUAACAGACCUGAUAAUCCCAGUGCAUACAAGAUUAACUUUUACCCUACUCGUUCAUAUAUCGUCAUGUUUGGCUUUUGUAUCGUCGACGAGGACGCGGCGUAGUUAGAUAGCGGCCAACAGGGAUUCUGAGCUGAAAGAUGAACCUAGUCGAGAUGUGGUGCAACUUCAAAUUC